AUGCUCAGCAAAAUCUAUGGAUGCGAUAGCUCGUCGUACCAGACGCUCUGUGCUUACCUUCAAGCCACAGAGGAAGCGAGGGAGAAAUACGAGAAGGUGCCUGCUGAAGAGGAACUGGACCCUGCAACGAUUAAUGCCGGGUUCGAGGCCAGCGAUCAGGCUAUCGAUGAGGCGAAGCGCAUCAUCACGAACCAAAAGAACAUCGACAGCCUGCUGCAAGAGUUUGCGGACGCCAUUCCAGAUGCCCAUCAGGAGAAACUUCAAAAGGAGAUGACCGUGAUCGUGGACCGGGUGUACAGCAAAGCCCUAGUUGACCAGUCCGCAGCGGAGGCACAGAAGAAGAAGAAGAAGAAGAAGAAAAGCAGUAAUCCGGAGCGCUGCACCCUGACCCAGGCCUUCCAUCGAUUUUCUUCAGGUAUGCACGCCCUCCAAAACUCCCUAGCCUUGUUUAUCAUGCAGCACUUGUACCUUGAGACGCGCGUGCUCUGUUUCUGGGGUUUGCUAGACGCCACCAGUCUUCCUUCGAGCGAGCCGGCACCAGCGCGCUCUGCGAAUGUCCUCGGCAUAGAACAGCAGGACUACUCCGCCAGGCUAACCAUUGACCCCACCGAAUCGUUGUUUAGGUAUUGGUCGGGCCAACAUGCGCUUCCAGGGAUCGUGAUGGACGCCGACGGCGCGGGCCGGAAGCCGUUCUCCUAUGAUGCUAACCUGAUGGGUGAGCUAAAGGUGCAUAUUAACCCGCAAGCUGUCUUGUCCAAGCACAGCAUUCAGCAGGAUUAUACUAGUAGCCACGUAGAAACCGAUAUGAAUGCACUGCUUGGACCUGCUCGUGAUAUCACAUCUUUAUAA